AUGAGGGCAGCCUUCGCUUGUUUCGCAGCCCUGUUGGCACCUGUCUUAGCAACAAGACCCAUUAUAAAGCCCUUUGGUGUGAAGCAACGGCCACAUCAGAAUCUUGAUGUCGUUGGAAGUGGCGUCUUCGAGCAACCGAUCGAUCACAAGAAUGCAAGCAAAGGUAGUUUUCUACAACGGUACUGGUGGGAUGCGAGGAGUUGGAAGGGUCCCGGAAGUCCGGUCUUUGUCUUCAACCCUGGUGAGACAGCUGCGGACAAUUACCUUGGUUAUCUCGAGAACUAUACCGUCCCCGGCCUUUACGCCGAUACCUUUGGUGGGGCCGUCAUUGUGAUCGAGCACAGAUACUGGGGAAACUCGACGCCUUAUGACGAGCUCACGACAGAAACUCUUCAAGACCUGAACAUCAUGCAAGCCGCAUACGACAUGACCAACUUUGCCAAGAAGGUCAAGCUCGAGUUUGCCGAUAACGGCGGAGCUAACGCCCAGGAUGCUCCCUGGGUGCUCGUCGGAGGAUCAUACAGCGGUGCUCUCGCUGCUUGGACCUCGCAAAUUGAUCCCGGAACGUACUGGGCUUAUCACGCAAGUUCGGCCGUGGUAGAAGCCAUAUAUAACUUCUGGCAGUACUUCGUUCCAAUUGAAGAGAGUAUUCCUCGCAACUGCAGCAGCGACAUCAAGGCGGUGGUCAACUAUGUCGACUAUGUCCUGGCAAGCGGUACGGAGGAUGAUGUCUGCAAGCUAAAGGAGCUGUUUGGUCUGGAGAUGGUCGAGCAUAAUGACGACUUCGCUGAACAAAUUACCGGACCGAUAUGGCAAUGGCAAGGAGAUGAACAAGCCGUUUUCGACUUCUGUGACUACGUUGAGACGUAUGCCAGCAAGGGCAUUGUCGUGUCCGAUCAUCCUGGCGGUAUCGGUCUCCAAGGCGCCAUUCAGGGGUUCGCUGCUUACGUCAACGCCACCGCCGGUGAAAACUGCCGCGCCUCGUCAACAAACUGCAGCACCUACGACGACUCAAUCGAGUGGAACGAGCCAGAAGACCUCGAGUCAGGCUGGCGACAGUGGAACUGGAUGCUCUGCGAUGAACCCUUCGCUUGGUGGCAGACUGGUCCUCCCGAGUCUGACGGCACCAACGUUGUUUCCACCUUCCUGACCCCUGAGCACUUCCAGCGUCAGUGCGAGCUGAUGUUCCCCGAGGUCAACGGUCAGGUUGCCGGCAGCGUACUAGGCUUCACUGUCGACCACCUCAACUACUACACCGGCGGAUGGAACGCCGACUUUGAGCGCGUGCUCUUCUGUGGAGGACGCAAGGAUCCUUGGCUCCACGCCACGCCAUCCUCAAGCUACCGCCCUGACGGCCCGCUCGAGUCGACGGCCGAUACCCCUGUGUUUAUCAUUGAGUCUGGCGCUCACGUUCCAGACUUGACCAUCGAUGACAUCUCAGACGAGAUGGCUGUGAUUGAUCAGGAGAUCGAGGUCAUGCGCGGUUGGUUGGAUGAGUGGACCGAGACGAAGCGAAAGGCUUGA